ACGUACUUGCGGCGCACGCGCAGACGGUGACAGAAGCGAGGUGGGAAAAUUCGUUCUCGCUCGUUUUUGUACAAAGUUCCCUCAUCUUCGUAAACAUGAUUUUCAGAGUCAGUUUGUGAGUUUGGGUCGGAUUAAAUCGGAUUAACACACUCUUCUUUGUCACACUCGCCUCACGUGUUGGCGCCAGCAUGAAGAUCGCGGUGGAAGGCUGCUGCCACGGUGAGCUGGACAAGAUCUAUGAGACCAUCGGCUACCUGGAGAAGAGGGAGGGGGUGAAGGUGGACCUGCUGCUCUGCUGCGGAGACUUCCAGGCCGUGCGGAACGAGGGAGACAUGAAGUGCAUGGCGGUUCCGGCCAAGUACAGGACGAUGCAGACCUUUUACAAAUAUUACUCUGGGGAGAAGAAAGCUCCAGUUCUGACCAUCUUCAUCGGGGGAAACCACGAGGCGUCCAAUCACAUGCAGGAGCUUCCCUACGGAGGCUGGGUGGCACCAAACAUCUAUUUUCUGGGUUAUGCCGGGGUCGUUCGCUACAAAGGGAUUAGAAUCGGUGGAUUAUCGGGAAUCUUUAAAUCUCGCGACUACAGGAAAGGUCACCAUGAAUUCCCUCCGUACAACCCCGACACUCUGCGGAGUGUGUAUCACAUCCGGAAUAUUGAGGUUUUCAAAUUAAAACAGAUCCAGAUGCCCGUGGACAUCUUCCUGAGUCACGACUGGCCUCGUGGGAUCUACUACUACGGCAGCACGGAGGAGUUACUGCGUAAGAAGAAGUUCCUGCGUCAGGAGGUGGAGUCAAACACUCUGGGAAGUCCUGCUGCAGAGGAGCUGCUGGCUCACCUUCAGCCCAGCUACUGGUUCUCUGCUCACCUUCACGUCAAGUUUGCUGCUGUGAUGCAGCAUCAGGCUAAAGGGGAUGCCGCUCCACGAGUCACCAAGUUCCUGUCUCUGGAUAAAUGUUUGCCCUACAGGGAAUUCUUACAGAUCGUGGAUGUCCCAGAGAGACCGGGUUCAUCCGAGGGUCUGGAGUACGAUCCAGAGUGGCUGGCUAUCCUGAAGGCCACCAACAGUCUGCAGAGGACAACCCCUCACCCCUGGAACCCACCGGAGAACAACGGCCUGCACCAACGGUGGGAUUACAGAGUGUCAGAAGCAGCCAUGAUGCAGGUGGUGGAGGAUCUCAGCGGAGAACUCGCCGUGCCAGACAACUUCAGCCGCACCGUGCCGCCCUACGACCCCGGCAGGCCGCAGUACCACGCCGCGCCGAGCUGUGGCACCAACCCCCAGACGACGGAGCUGUGCGCCACCUUAGGCCUCACAGACCUCUAUGCUCAGGUCGUGCAGGGAGGGGAGGAGCCGGGCCGCGUUCUGGGCAGCACCGGAGGAGAGGAGGAGGAGGAGGACGAUGAUGAAGAGGGGAACGGCGCGGACGAGCCCAGCGAGUAUCCAACAGACACGUCGGGGUUGUCGAGUUCCUUCAAUCCAGAUGAGAUCACCAUCGAGGACGAGUGGGAGGAAGAGGAGGAAGAAGAAAAGAAGGAGAAAGAAGAAGCAGCAGCAGCAACAACAGGUGUUAACCUCUCUGAAAUCCACACCCCGAGUCGUAUGGUUCUGCCCGAGCCCAAGUCUGACGUCUCACCCAUUCACAUGUCCCGCCUCAUGAACCUGCCCCCUCCCUCACACUCCACCCCGGCUGCUCCUCGCUCUCACUCUGCAGUCGCAGAGAGGGGCGGAGUCUGUGAGGGCGUGGACGAGGAGGAGGUGGAGGAGGGCAAGGACGCGUCCGCCGCUGCGCGUGUUUCCAAACGCACCAGCGACGAGGCCGGAGGUCCCGGCAGCAGAGGCACGACUCCACGCAUCAAACGCAGGAACCAGGUCAUCUACACCGCGGAGGACGACGAGGAUUAGAGGUCAGAGGUCAGGGACUCCUUCUGAAUCAACUCUGCUUUAGUUUCUAUUGAUUUGUGGGACUUUAAUUUAUGUGUUUAUAGUCGGCUUUUUAUACAGAAAAAACAUCAUGAGUUAUUGAGCUUUGAGUUAACUGAAGGACGACUCUGAGUUUUCAGCCUAGGCUCCGUUUUCCUCCGUUUUUAACGGGUCAAUGAUCGACGGGGAUCAGGACUGAGCGACAACAGGUUACCUGGCAACCACAAAAUGAGUUUGAAGCAGAAGAAAAACAGAUUUUAGUCACUUUUGUGUUGCUUUGUAAAUGAUUCUCCCUCCUGCACCAAACCCCAUAGAGAAAAUCAGUGAUUUUAGCUCUCAGGGACACAGGAGCUGCUGGUCUACUGCUGCCUCGUGUGGCCACUUUGUGUCACUGAAGUAAAUCCAAACAGGAUUUCAAGCGCAGAUGUUGCAAAAUAACUCAUCUGAACUUAGUGAUGGAGGCAGCAGUGGAUCAACAACUCCUGUGUUCUGUGAUGUUAAAAUCACUGAUUUUCUCUAUGGGGUUUGGUGUAGCGGCGCAUGGAGAUGAAAAAGUGACACAAACUCCAGUUUCCUGGCAGAAAAGAUGAUUUAAUGGUGCGAUAAAGUGGCUAAAACCUCAUUUUCCUUUCCCUGGCUGCUGGACGUGUGAAAACUGUCACACAUUAAAUCUCAGUGUGAUGUCAGACCACAGAUUUACGUCCCCGUUAAUCAUAAUCGCCCCAUAAAACAAGUGUGGGAGAAUAGGUUUUUAAGAAUCCCAGAUUGAUCCUUUAACAACUGCACAUGACAAGCGAGCGUCGAGUCUCUGCAUCAUUUUCUUUCUACACAGAAUUUUACACCUGUGAGAAUUUAUGUUUUUAUAUUUUUUAAUCCAAGAAAAAUGAAAUUUUAGAGGACGGAUUUUUUUUAUUUUGAGUUAUACAUAUAUAUAUAUAUAUGUAUGUAUAUGUGUGUGUGUGUGUGUGUGUGUACAUAUAUAUGUACAUAUAUAUACAUAUUUGUAAUUUGAAGACAAUGGCAACAAUUAAAGAGACUUGAAAAAUGA